GGGCAAGAGCGGAAGCGAGCGGUGGAGCGAGGAGGGGCGGUGUCAGCGCCACGGCCGAUCCGGAAUUCUGUCGCGUUCGCUCGGCUUGGCUCGGUUCGAUCGCUCGGUCCUGCGGUGGUAGUGGCUGGCUGGCUGGGGACCAACUUUUAACAAUUCAAAAACGGAAUAUAUCGGGUUUAAAGGAGUAAUUAAUCAACAAUACCGACUGCUAUAAAGGGAAAGGAAGGCAGAGGGGAGGAAUAAACGGAGAAGCAGAGCGGUAAAAGUCGAGGAGGGUGACCGAAGAUGCCGCUCGCUCAGUUGGCAGACCCCUGGCAGAAGAUGCCUGUGGGCACCGCUGGAGAGGAGCCACACCACGAGGCUGAGGAUUCAGUGGGAGAGGACGACUCGGCUCCUGAUGAUAUUCCCAUCAAAGAGAUCAGUAUCACUCACCACGUGAAGGAGGGGUGUGAGAAGGCCGACCCGAGACAGUUUGAGCUCAGAAAGGUCCUGGGACAAGGCUCUUUUGGAAAGGUGUUUCUAGUGAAGAAAGUGACUGGACCAGAUGCUGGGCAGCUCUACGCCAUGAAAGUCCUCAAGAAGGCCACAUUAAAAGUUCGAGACAGAGUUCGGACUAAGAUGGAGCGAGACAUUUUGGUGGAGGUUAAUCAUCCGUUCAUAGUAAAGCUACAUUACGCAUUUCAGACAGAGGGGAAACUGUACCUGAUCCUGGAUUUUCUCAGAGGAGGAGAUCUCUUCACACGACUAUCUAAAGAGGUGAUGUUCACAGAGGAAGACGUGAAGUUUUACUUGGCUGAACUGGCUCUGGCUCUGGAUCACCUCCACGGACUCGGCAUCAUCUACAGAGACCUCAAACCAGAAAAUAUUUUACUUGAUGAAGAGGGCCACAUAAAGUUGACAGACUUUGGUUUGAGUAAAGAGUCGAUCGAUCAUGAGAACAAGGCCUACUCCUUCUGUGGGACUGUGGAGUACAUGGCUCCGGAGGUUGUUAACAGGAGAGGACACACUCACAGCGCUGACUGGUGGUCAUACGGGGUACUGAUGUUCGAGAUGUUGACGGGAACGCUGCCGUUUCAGGGGAAGGACCGGAAAGAGACCAUGACGAUGAUCCUUAAGGCCAAAUUAGGAAUGCCGCAGUUUCUCAGUUCAGAGGCGCAGAGUCUACUACGGAACCUGUUCAAACGAAACCCGGCCAAUCGACUCGGAGCCGGUCCUGAUGGUGUGGAGGAAAUCAAGAGACAUCAGUUUUUCACCACAAUCGACUGGAAUAAAUUAUUUCGUAGAGAGAUCCACCCUCCAUUCAAACCUGCAGCAGGGAGACCUGAUGACACAUUUUACUUUGAUCCAGAAUUCACAGCAAAAACUCCCAGAGACUCUCCGGGCGUCCCUCCGAGCGCCAACGCUCAUCAACUCUUCAGAGGAUUCAGCUUUGUGGCCAUCACAGAAGAAGAGACACAGCCUGCUCCCAACACCAUUGUACAGCAGUUACACAGAAGUACCUCACAUUUCUCAGACCUGUAUGAAAUUCAAGAGGACAUCGGCGUCGGCUCCUACUCCGUCUGCAAACGUUGCGUCCACAAAGGCACCGGCAUGGAGUACGCUGUCAAGAUCAUUAACAAGUCGAAGCGAGACCCAACCGAGGAGGUGGAGAUUCUGCUACGAUAUGGACAGCACCCGAACAUCAUCACACUGAAAGACGUGUAUGACGAUGGGCGCUCUGUUUUCCUGGUCACUGAGUUGAUGAAGGGAGGAGAACUUUUGGACAAAAUCCUCAGACAAAAGUUUUUCUCAGAGCGUGAAGCAAGUGCAGUUCUGUACACCAUCACCAAGACUGUGGAGUACCUGCAUGUCCAGGGGGUGGUGCACAGAGACCUGAAACCUAGUAACAUCCUGUAUGUGGAUGAGAGUGGGAAUGCAGAGUCCAUCCGGAUCUGUGACUUCGGAUUCGCCAAACAGCUCCGCGCUGAGAACGGACUGCUCAUGACGCCAUGCUACACCGCCAACUUCGUCGCUCCAGAGGUUUUAAAGAAACAGGGCUAUGACGCUGCCUGUGACAUCUGGAGUCUGGGAGUGCUUCUCUACACCAUGCUCACUGGGUUCGCUCCUUUUGCCAAUGGCCCUGAGGACACGCCAGAGGAGAUUCUGGCUCGAAUUGGCAGCGGAAAGUUUUCUCUGAGUGGAGGAUACUGGACUUCAGUGUCUGCAGAGGCAAAGGACUUGGUUUCUAAGAUGCUGCACGUAGACCCUCACCAGCGCCUGACGGCAGGCCAGGUGCUCAGGCACCCCUGGAUCACUCACCGCGACCACCUCCCCAAAUACACUCUGAACAGACAGGACGCUCCUCACCUUGUCAAGGGGGCAAUGGCAGCAACAUACUCUGCUCUGAACAGGAACGUGCCUCCCGUUCUGGAGCCUGUUGGGUGCUCAACUCUGGCCCAAAGACGAGGAAUCAAGAAAAUCACCUCCACCGCUCUGUGAAACUCCGCCCAUCACAGCAACGCAGCCUCUGAUUGGCUCUUCUUAACACUGAAGCUCCAACACAGCCUCUGAUUGGCUGUCCUCAACACUGAAGCCCCACCCAAGUCCUCAACACAGCCUCUGAUUGGCUCUCUUCAACACUGAAGCUCACCCACCACCCCAAUUCUUCCUCUGAUUGAAUUUCCCUAACACUGAAGCACCGCCUUCAACCCCAACACAGUUUCUGAUUGUCUCUCCUCAACACUGAAGCCAUGCCCUCUACCCCAACAUAGCCUUUGAUUGACUCUCCUCCACACUGAAGUCCCGCCUUUGUCCCCAAUGCUGCCUCUGAUUGGCUCUCCACUAUACUGAUGCCAUGCCCUCUACCCCAACACAGCCUCUGACUGACUCUCCUAAACACUGAAGCGCCAACACAUCCUCUGACUGGCUCUCCUAAACACUGAUGCCCUGCCUUCUCUCCUUCUGCUUCAUCUGACUCAUUCUUCUGCACAAAGACCAUCCUCACUACCCCUCCACAGCCUGUGAUUGGCUUAUUGAAUCCACUCUGCCCAUUCCCCCUCUACCUCCUCUUAUUGGUCGUCCUCAACUCUUAAACCCGCCCCUGUCUAUUCCUGCACCUCUGAUUGUCCCUCUCCUCUGUGCAAGACAAUCAGAAAGUACAUAUUUAUUCUCAAGGAGAGAAAUUGUAUGCAUUCAAAGACUAUACAAAGACUAUUAUAAUUGUUAUGGGAUUACUAUUGUACUGUCUUCAAUCUGCUGUAGUAGAUCUGCAUUUAUUCAACCGCAAGUCGCCUCCGAUACGAAAAAGGUGAGCAGAAAAGUAAGUAUUAGCUGCAAGUGAACAAAGGAAUCCAAAAGCUAGCCCCUUUUUGUGCACCUGGUUUGGGAUAUUUUUGGUUAAUUGGUUGGGUUCCUCAUUGUCUAUAAUCUGAUAAUGUUCAGACAGGAGCAGACCAAAACAGAAAAUGCACAAUUGUUGAACUUAAUCAAGGUUCACAAACUCACAAUUUUAUUCAUAUGGGUUAAUGUUUUGACAAGUGACAGCUUUGAUUUGUGUAUCUAUAAAAUAUCAAUUUCCAUAGCAAUUAACUAACAAAAUAUCCAAACAAAAUCUCAGUCCUCAAAAUGGUCCCUUUAUCAGAAAGCUGAAAUCUAUGAGUGAAACUGGAUCUUUUCUGUUGGUGACUAGACUCUUGAACUAAAUAUAUUACCACAAAUAUCUGCAUAUUAAAGGUCCUACAUUACGCUAUUUUCUGAUCUGUUGUAGUUAGCUGUUAUAGCUUUGUUUCCUUCACACAUGUUUAAAACACAAACCCUGAGUUCUUUUUUUAAUUGAAAACACUGUGUUCCACCUAGUGAUGUCAUGUGGUAAUACAGGAAGUGCUCCACUGUGUAAGGAGUUUAUUUAAAUUUUAGCUCUGGAAUUUCCAAUCUCUACUAAAACUACUUCAACUUGAAAACUACCGCUUCAUAACAUCAAAAAGUGGAACAGAGCGUUUUAGACUUUGAAGAUGUAGACAGACUGAUAAUAAAGCAUUACUCAAACAUGUGUGAAUGAAACAAAAUGAGUAUGUUUUUGAUGAGGCAACAACAUUAUAAAAUGGCUUAAAGUUCACAAGAAUGAGUUUUGCGUAAUAUAGGAUCUUUAAUCUAUGCUUAAAGAGAAUACAUUAAACUGUGUGCUAUUAAAAUGAUCAAACGUAUCCCUCUAAGAAAAGGAGGUACAAAAGGGGCUAUGGCUGAAUCUGAAUCUAGUGUUAAAGCCAGGAAGCAAAAUUUGUGUUGGAAAAACUCUCGAAACUGCUAGACUAGAUAGUGUCCUCUCAUAAUAGUCAAAACAGUAGAAAACAAAUAAGAGAAAUGUGGGCUUCUUUCUAAAAUUGUAAAUCUUAACAUUGGCUAAUUCAUGUUAAGUAUAUUUUAAGUCUUUCCAUGUUACAAAAUCUAGACACAACCUUAACAUUUGACCUACCUCUCCUAUCUAUGCACAGAUACAAAAGCACAACAAGCCUAAAAUUUCCACUGCAGUUUGGAAAAUUUGGAAAAUAAAAAGUGUUCUAGUGAACACUGCUUUACCAAUUUGAAUUUUAAAAUGUUAAUUUCAAGUUUUAUUUGUAUAGUUUUUCUUUUUUUUAGCAGUGGCUUGAAAGGAGAAGUAAUAGGAAAAGUUAGGUUACUGAUUUUGAAAACGAUGCCUCCAAAUAUAAUAUAAAACAUAUAUUUAAAGGCAUUGUACAUUUACUCUUAAAACCGUGUAAAACAGAGCUAGUUGUAGUGGUCCAAAGUUUUUCCUCACUUACCUUAUGCAUUCCAAUCCUAAUUAUUCACCACAAUGAGUUUCUAAUCACUUUUCACACCUUUCAGAGACCAGAGCAGAGUUAUCCCAUAACGGUAAAGUUAACAACCACUAGCAAUAAAAUGCUUUCUAAUUAGAUGCAGAUAGCAGAUUUAUUUUGCCCAUAUUAUACAAUAUGUCUGGAACAAGACAGAUCUUGCUCAAAUACAUGGGAAAAGAUCGGGCACGGGCUCUUUAAAGUUUUUUACCCCCCCGAUCAAACCCGAUUUUUUGAGGCUAUAAUAAUGAUUCAUACAUUCAUACAUUCAUUCAUACAUACAUACAUACAUACAUACAUACAUACAUACAUACAUACAUACAUACAUACAUACAUACAUACAUACAUACAUACAUACAUACCCACAUUUCCUCUUAUUGUUUUCUUCUAUUGAGGGUUGAAUAGUUGAACUGUCUUUCCAUGUUUUGUUCAGACAAUGAAGCUUCCUGUCGACAAACAAAAUUGUAAAUAAUUUCUCUCAGGUUUUUACAAUGCAUCCGAGUUCAAACUGCGACUCCAAACAAAAGCACAGCGUCAUGUGACCAGGAAGUGGGGUCAAUCCGGGUCGUUAAAGUCUUCUUCUACUGUACGCAAUGUGUGUUUAAUGCAGCCCUUUAAAAAGCAACAAAACAUUCCUUUUAAUUUCACAAAAUUUUGAGAAUAUUUACAAUAUAUGAUUGAAAUGUGUGAUUUUUGAAGUGAGAAGCAGGAAUAACAAUAGCAACCCGUGUGCCUACAUUUCCCACAAUGCAUUUAGGCUUCACUAUGAGGCAUAAACAUGUAGAAGAAAAUGGAGUCUUGAAUGUUUGUUUUUUUAAUCUGUAUUUAAAGACAAUCAACAAAAUUUUAUUUCAAAUACAUAGUCCUGCUUCUGUCUGUAUGAGUACUGUUGUAUUAUUAGCCUGGUCAGCCAAAUACAUUCACUUCAGUUAAAACAAGUCUGGAAUACCUUCUCAUCAUGUUCUAACCAAUAGUAAGUACUUAUAUGAAAAUGGCUGGGAUUUAUGCAGAGUUUGUGGUAUUUACUUGGAUGUGCUGUUUAAAAAGUUAAAAGUUUGGACACAUCUUUUAACACAGUUUUAAAAAAUCAUUAAUUCAUAAACUUUGCACAGAAUAUUGGCUAAAAUAUGCCUGUUUAAUGUACUAAACAGCAUCUGAACUAAAACUAGGCUUAGAAAACUAAGACCGGACUAAACCAUGGUCUACACAAAUGUAUUUUUCAAACCUCAACUUGAAAUCUAAUAUAAUUGAAAUUAAUGUACACUAAAAUUAAAUUAAGAAACAAAAAAGGAAAAAAGUGUCCACACUUUUGACUAUAGAUCUCUGGAUGGAACGUCAAAAAACAUCCAUUAUCACGGAAAUCUGCCAUUUGUGGCAGUAGUGCAAAACUCUCAGAGAUAUAUUAGCCAAAACAACGUUAAAAAAUAAACAAAAAUGUGGUGGAACAACCCAUUAAACUGCUGAGUCACUGCUGGUAUCACUCUGUAGUGUCAGAAAACAUUUGAAAGAAGAUAAUGGUAGUAUUUAUCAUCUUAAAAUAUCCAUUGAUUUCACUCUGAGCCUCACAAUCCCAAACUCUAUGUCCUUCCUUCUUGCAGAUUAUUCUGUUAAAUUGCUAUCGGCUGCUGGAAAAACAACCUGACUUUAAUACAAAAUUGUUUGACCAGGCUCUGUGUUUUACUGUUUAAAUAUAUAAAUAAAGGGAAAUGAUUUUAUGUUUUAAAUGGUUAUAAUAAGUCUGCCUCUAAAUGUACAGCUCUGGGAACAGGAUGUAAAAGGGUUUUUGUGUUAUGAUAAAAAAAAAUGUUUAUGACAAAAAUGGGAAAAGCUUUUUUCUUCUUUACCUCUUUGUUCUUUUAGCGUUUGUCCUGCUGCUACCGGCCGCCAUUUUGUAUUCGCCACGACGGUCGGACUUUAUAGUAAAAUAAUAAAAUUGAUUAUCAGACAAAAAA